AGCCAAAAUCAACCGAUAUUAAAAAUAUGUCGAUAUACUAGUGAAUAAAGCCGGAAAAUUAUCGUAAUAUAAAUAUUUUGCGAAUAAGUACACAGGCAAGUUACAUUGAUGCCGCUAACUGCUCGACAACGAAGUAUUCACAAUAAAAAUGGUGCCAAAAGAACGGCUAGUUUCACCAAAGGAAAGAGAUCUCGGAAGCCCAGCGAAGGAGAAUAUCUAUUCACAAAUGCUCCGUCUGAUCUACGUAGUAUAGCAUACCCAGGCGGUGCGGUAGCUUUGGGGCUGUUGCUGGUAGCCCGUUUAACUUCAGGAUAUUGGGGGCAGAUAGCAGACUGUGAUGAGACUUACAAUUACUGGGAGCCUUUGCACUAUUUGGUGUAUGGAAAUGGCCUACAAACAUGGGAAUACAGUCCAGUAUAUGCAAUACGGUCAUAUAUGUCACUGUGGCUGUUUGCAGUACCAGCUAAAGUGCUUUCCUUUGUCAUGGCUCCAGUCUCCGUGUUUUAUAGUAUAAGAGGCCUGCUCGCUGUGCUGACUGCUUGUGCUGAACUUAUGUUUUAUAAGGCCGUGUGCCACGAGUUCGGCGUUCACGUGGGGCGGGUGUGGCUUUGCCUGGCGCUACCGGCUGCGGGUUGCUUCGCAUCCACCGCGGCCAUGCUUCCGUCGGCGUGGAGCGGCGCGUUGGUCUCCGCGGCGCUGGCCUGCUGGUGGCGGAAGCGGUACCCGCCAGCCAUCAUGUUGACCGCUGCGACUGUUCUGCUCAGUUGGCCAUUCACAGCCUUGCUAGGCUUGCCGAUAGCAAUAGACAUGAUCUUUAUUAAACGGCAAUAUACAGACUUUAUAAAGUGGUCGAUCAUCUCUCUUGCCAUCAUUCUGCUGCCGACGGUAGCUGUGGACUCGUGGCAUUACGGCCGCCUCGUGGUCACCCCGUGGAACAUACUGGCAUAUAACAUCUUCACUGAGCACGGGCCCGAUUUGUAUGGCGUGGAACCUUGGACUUAUUACUUUGUGAAUGGCUUCCUGAAUUUUAAUAUUGUUUGGGUGCUGGCGCUGUCGUGCCCGCUUCUCUUGCUGGCAUGUACGUUGAUUUCGACACGUUCGACGGCGCGUGCGUCUUUUUGCGCGCCGUACUGGCUGAGUCUCAUGCCUCUGGCUCUCUGGCUGGCAGUGUUCAUGACGCAGCCGCAUAAGGAAGAGAGGUUCCUCUACCCCGUGUACGGUAUGAUAGUGCUGGCGGGGGCGAUAGCUCUGGACUGCUUGCAGAAGAUGACGUUCGCUGUGGGCACGGAAUUGCUGCGCUGGCGCAAGGAGCGAGAGAGACGGCACUACCUCGUGUACACCGGCCCGCUCGUCGUUAUGUGCGUGCUACUUGCGGGAGUUGCUAGUAUAUCACGAACGACCGCUCUGUUUAACCAUUAUCACGGCCCGAUGGCGAUACUACGCCACAUCCCCGAACAAGCUGACAGUAACGGCGUUUUUAACGUGUGCUUCGGAAAAGAAUGGUACAGAUCUCCGUCCAGCUUCCACGUACCGGACGCGUACCGGAUACGAUUCGUACCGAGCGAGUUUAAAGGUCAACUGCCUGCGCCUUACGACGAUGGACAUAAUGCUACUCGAACAGUCCACCAAUACUUCAACGAUAUGAACCAAGGCGACAAUCAAACAUACCUCCGACCGUCCGAUUGCCAUUACCUCGUUGACUCGGAUAUCGGAACACCAUCGAAACUGCAGCCGCCGUACCAUAAAAACACAAAUGCAUGGGAAAUUAUCGCCUCAGUGCCUAUAUUAGACGCCACUAAAUCCCAUAGGAUAUUUCGUGCUUUCUAUGUCCCGGUUUUGUCGAAUAAAAAUGUCGUCUACGCCAAUAUGUAUUUGUUGAGGAACAAAAAUAUCAAUAUAUAAUAAUUAGGCUCAAGUUUUUGACUGUCUCGAGUGAAUUCACAUUUAUCCUAUCGAAAGUUAGUUGGAAAGUCAAAGUCAAAGUCAAAUAUUGUGUACGCGACUAUGUAUUUGUUGUGGAAUAAAAUCAAUAAUAACUAAGCGAAAUUUGUUAAUCGUCUCGAGUGAAUUCACAUUUAUCCUAUCGAAAGUUAGUUGGAAAGUCAAAGUCAAAAAUUGUGUACGUUACUAUGUAUUUGUUGGGGAAUAAAAUCAAUAAUAAUUAGGCGCAAGUUUUUGACUGUUUUGAGUCAAUUCACAUUUAUCCUAUCGAAAGAUAGUUGGAAAGUCAAAGUCAAAGUCAAAUAUUGUGUACGCGACUAUGUAUUUGUUGUGGAAUAAAAUCAAUAAUAACUAAGCGAAAUUUGUUAAUCGUCUCGAGUGAAUUCACAUUUAUCCUAUCGAAAGUUAGUUGGAAAGUCAAAGUCAAAAAUUGUGUACGUUACUAUGUAUUUGUUGGGGAAUAAAAUCAAUAAUAAUUAGGCGCAAGUUUUUGACUGUUUUGAGUCAAUUCACAUUUAUCCUAUCGAAAGAUAGUUGGAAAGUCAAAGUCAAAGUCAAAUAUUGUGUACGCGACUAUGCAUUUGUUGGGGAAUAAAAUCAAUACUAAUUUGGUGGAAUUUGUUAAUCGUCUUGAGUGAAUUCAAUUUAUCCUAUCGAAAGUUAUUUGGAAAGUCAAAGUCAAAAAUUGUGUACGUUACUAUGUAUUUGUUGGGGAAUAAAAUCAAUAAUAAUUAGGCGCAAGUUUUUGACUGUUUUGAGUCAAUUCACAUUUAUCCUAUCGAAAGAUAGUUGGAAAGUCAAAGUCAAAGUCAAAUAUUGUGUACGCGACUAUGCAUUUGUUGGGGAAUAAAAUCAAUACUAAUUUGGUGGAAUUUGUUAAUCGUCUUGAGUGAAUUCAAUUUAUCCUAUCGAAAGUUAUUUGGAAAGUCAAAGUCAAAAAUUGUGAACGUUACUAUGUAUUUGUUGGGGAAUAAAAUCAAUUAGGCGCAAGUUUUUGACUGUUUUAGUGAAUUCAUAUUUGUCCUAUCGAAAGUUAGUCAAAUAUUGUGUACGCCAAUAUGUAAUUUUUGAGAAACAUUGUCACCAAUUAUGCUUAAGUUUUUAAACUGUCUUGACUGAAUCCAUACAAAUCUACUUUAUUGUAUCAUCGAAAAACAUUGCAUUUUUAUAGUUCCUCUAUAUUUUAAAUCAAUCGAACCUUAUGUAUUAUUAUUUGAAUUUGUAAUCUUAUACUAAUCUAAAAGCUGAAGAAUGAUUAGAAAAAUUCCUUCAACGUUUGAUAGCCCAUUUAUCGACGAAGGUAGGCUAUUUAUCAUCACGCUAAGACCAAUAAAAGCAUCGCAAUGAAGAAUGUCUCAAAAUUGGGGGUUUUUCUCCCUUUUGUGAGCUUUCGC